AUGGCACCAUACGUGGAAGAGCCAAACGAUGAGGCAUCUUUCGCCGCGCCAGCCAAGCGGGCACCGAACCUGGUAGCCCCAGAACCAGAGCACUGCCCUGGGCCCGAGUCUGAGAAGGCCGGUCAAGGCGAUGCAUGUGCAGGAUGUCCGAAUCAGCAAAUUUGCGCCUCCGCGCCUAAGGGACCCGACCCCGAUAUCCCGAUUAUCACCGAACGACUCUCUCAGAUCCGACACAAGAUCCUCGUUCUUUCCGGUAAAGGCGGAGUCGGAAAAUCCACCUUUUCGACCCUACUCGCACAUGCCUUUGCGGCGAACCCAGACUCAACCGUUGGAAUCAUGGAUACGGAUAUUUGUGGACCCUCUAUCCCGAAGAUGAUGGGCGUCGAGGCGGAGACUAUUCACGUCAGUAAUGCCGGCUGGAGCCCUGUUUGGGUUACGGAUAAUCUGGGCGCGAUGAGUGUGCAGUUUAUGCUGCCGAACAGGGACGAUGCAGUUAUCUGGCGUGGACCCAAGAAGAAUGGACUGAUCAAGCAGUUCCUCAAGGAUGUGGACUGGGGUGAGCUGGAUUACUUGAUUGUCGAUACCCCACCUGGAACAUCCGACGAGCAUUUGUCUGUCAAUUCCCUGCUUAAAGAAUCUGGUGUCGACGGUGCGGUGGUUGUGACUACCCCGCAAGAGGUUUCGCUACUCGAUGUCCGCAAGGAGAUUGACUUCUGUCGCAAGGCGGGAAUUCCUAUUCUCGGAUUAGUCGAGAAUAUGUCUGGCUUUGUGUGUCCGAACUGUACGCACGAGUCGCAAAUUUUCCGGGCGACUACAGGUGGAGGGCGCCGGCUGGCUAAGAAAAUGGGGAUUCCAUUCUUGGGAGCUGUGCCUCUCGAUCCUCGCGUUGGUAUGGCGUGCGACUAUGGCGAGAGUUUUGUAGAAAAUUUCCCUGAUAGUCCUGCGUCGAAGGCUAUUAAGCGAGUUGUUCGAGCAGUUGGAGAAGCGGUUGGAGAAAAUGCGGACGAUGUUCUCCCCGAGGACAUGGUUGGUUGA